GAGACCGAGGCCGGUGCCGCGCGCGCGUCCGCCGCUUUCCGGGGCCGGGAAACGCGGACCGUCGACAAUUUUCCCGUUCAGUAGUGACGAAAUAACCGCUCGGGGUGGUAGCCAGCCCGUUCGCCGACCGUUUGCGUUUUGCACGAACGUCUCUCGCCACAUAAACUCUCGCGUCUUCGCCUAACGGAUUCUUCCCCAUGUUUUCAUCUGCUUGAACGCGUAUAAAAUUUAAGUCAAUGGGAUCCCCGGGCCCAAACUAACCGAACCCCCGAUAUGGCAGCUUCGGCAGCGGUGAUUUCCUGAGAGCCCGUACGAGAGCGAAAGCAGGAUGCUGUACGCCAGCCAGACCCCGAACGUGAUGACUCCGUGUCCGAACUCCACCGUGGCAUCGCCGGCGGAAGGAAACAACACCGCCUAUUUACUGUACCCGGAGGACCCCCGGACCGACGUCCUGCGGAGGUACUGCUAUGGCGUCGCACUACCCUCGAUCUGUUUGCUCGGCAUCAUCGGGAACAUAUUCAAUCUCAUUGUGCUCACCAGGAGGAACAUGCGGGGCACAGCCUACAUUUACAUGAGGGGAUAUUCCGCAGCGGCAUUGCUAGCUAUCCUACUAGCCCUACCUUUCGCAUGGAGAGUACUAGUCCACAAAGAUGAGGGUCAUUGGCUGGACCUCUUCCCAGCUUUCUAUUUCGCCCAUCUGGAACUUUCGUUGGGAAACGGUUGUCUUGGAGUUGGAGUGAUGAUGCUCCUUGCGUUGACCUUGGAACGUUACGUCAGCGUUUGUCACCCUGGACGCGCUAGACCCAUACUAGGUUCGCCAAUGCGGGCAGUCCUUCUGAUCCCAGUAGCCACGUGCAUCCUCUACCUGCCAAGCGCCUUCCGGAGCGAAGUCCGGGUUUGUCAUCUUCUAUCUCAAAACCUAACCAUCUACCAGAGGGUAGAAACGGAACUGAUUAAACACCCCCUGUACUGUUUUUAUACCGUGGUGCUAGAGGUUAUUUUCAAAGUGAUUCCCAUCAUCCUUCUCGCUACCCUGAACCUCAGGAUUCUCGUGGUUUACCGAAGAUCCUGCGAGAAGAGGAGAAGGAUGACGCUCUGCAGGACCGCAUCAGGAGAGGAGGAUCCCAGGAAGUUUGCGGAAGAGAGACGGUUGGUUCUUCUGUUGGGAUCUACCAGCAUUCUGUUCCUCGUGUGCAUCACUCCGAUGGUCAUACUCAACAUCACCCUGUCCAAGGAUAAUCUGAACAAAUAUCCUUACCAAGUCUUUCGGGCCCUGGCCAACCUCCUGGAGGUCAUCAACUACUCCAUCACUUUCUACAUAUACUGCUUGUUCUCGGAAGACUUCCGAAACACCCUUCUGAGAACCCUUCACGUGACGUCGAACUCGAACGCGAAGGGGGUCGUGAAACAGCCUCCCGCGACCGCCACCACAACAAUUACGCACCCCCGAAGUUUUUGAUAUAAAACUGGCAGACCGAUGGCGACACCGGUCUGAUGUUAAGACUGAGACGGCCUAAAACUGUAGUGUUUUCGGUGCUAUUUUGACUUUGUAAUGGAUUUGUACUCUUCAUGAUUUUUAUUAACGCCGAUCUGAUUUUUAUAUAAGUAGCAAUACGAAAGACAACCUAUUGGUAUAUUUACAUAUAUACAUAACAUAAGGUAGCGAGAACAUUCCAGCCUCAUUUCGAGGUAUUUUUAUAAUAACCAGAAGAAACGGUAGAUUUUUCAUAAAUUAGGAAUCAGCGACAGUUGAUUGUGGCAUUCAUUGCGUAAAUUAUGUAUUUCAGAGGUGGAUGGAAAAUCCUUAAUUCAGCACGGAAAUUUCAAUAUAUUUUCAUUCGAAAAUUGUGAAAGCCUAUAUGUGGAUGUUCCAAAUUUUCAGGAAAUCUUCGAAAAAUUAAAUAAAUCCUUCCAUAUUUGUUCGAUUUGAAAAUACAGUUUCCUUUUCGCUUUUGAUUUUUUUUUAAACUUGUUCACAUAUUUACAAACACAAGUUUUUUCAUCUUUUUUCUCCAAUUUCAUUUUUUAAGUUUCUUAUGAAGAUUUUCGGUGAAAAGUUUCAUUUUGACCAUAAUAGUUCUACAUUCUGUUCUCAAUUUAAAACUCUCUGUUUAUUCGUUGGCUAUCAAAGUCAAAUAUAUAAAGAAGGAAUUUUGCCGAUAAAUCCUAUUGAAAUAUCGAUAUAUUUAUACAAUUAU